GAACCAGCGGCUGUCUGUGUCCAGCCCAGCUUGCAGUGUCCUGGGUGCCCCUUCUGUGCCUGUCUAUCUGUCCGUCACAGAGGUUGGAGCUGGCCCUUGCUUUUUCACAACGCGGUACUCAGCACCUUGAAGAUGGUCAACCUCCUCCUCCUCUUCCUCCUCAUGCGUCCCUGUGAUCUCCAACAGAAGCAGCAGCACUACCGGGCUCUCUCCUCUGUCGUGCUCUGUACCACUGGGGGCUCUAUGGUGCUAAGCUCCGGGUGAUCCUGCUUACCUGCAGCUCAGCCCCCUCUCCUCCCUCCUACCCUGUGUGGUGAACAGGACUGAACCCCCACUAGUGUGGUCAACCUCUAGGUUACCUUGGUCUGACCCCAGCACUACCCAGCCACUUGCUUUCUGCUCCACUGCCAGUGAAAAACAAUGACUUCUCAAGAGGAGGAAGCAUCGUUCAGCAGGUUCUUCCAGUAUGUGGAGGACAGUGGACUCAGGGCCUAUGACGGACUGGUCAUCCAGAAUGCCUCUGACAUCGCCCGUGAGAGCGACCGCGUCCGGAAAGAGACCAACUGGGCCUACCUUCAGGAGAAACACGAUAAGAAGAGAAGACAGGAAGAAGCCAUUAAGAGGAUCGGUGAGGAUGUGGCGAGGGCGACGGAGGGAAGCUACGCAGGGAAACACUUCCGCAUGGGCUUCAUGACCAUGCCGGCGCCCCAGGACCGCCUUCCCUCCUCCUGUGGCCAGGGCUUCACUGUGCGUUCCCAGUCUCUACACUCCGUUGGUGGGGGUGACGAGGAUGGGAGCCCCAACUCCCGUAAGCAACCGCCGCCCAAACCCAAGAGAGACCCCAACACCAAGCUCAGCAUCUCCUCUGAGGGUGUGAACUCUGGAUCUGCCUCCAAAAGUAGCAAAAAUAAAGAAAAAACAUUGAAUGAGAAGUCGCGACCGUUCAGUGAGGAGUACAAGCGGAUCCCUCCUCCCAAGCCAAAGAGGAACCCUAACACGCAGCUGAGUACCUCCUUUGAUGAGUCCUACAUCCAGAAUCAUGGCAACAGGAAGGAAGGAAGGAGGGAAAAGUCCUCAUCGCAGAGCCAGAGCCCGAGCCCAGCCCCAGACACGGAGGAUGAGGACGAGCCUGUCUACAUCGAGAUGGUGGGUAACAUUCAUAGGGACCUGAAGCAACGCCUCCUGGAGGACGAGGACCAGAGUGAGUCGGUCUAUGAGGAAAUGAAAUACCCCAUGUUCGACGACAUGCUCCAGGACGCUAAGUGGGAACAGGACAUGGAGCAGGGUCGUUCCUCCUCCUCCCACACCACCCCCCGGGGGUCCCUCUGUGACAUCCCCGCCCCCUUCCCCAACUUGCUCACCCACCGGCCGCCCUUGCUGGUCUUUCCGCCAGCGCCUGCCCAGUGCUCGCCUAACUCGGAUGAGUCACCCCUCACACCGCUGGACGUCACAAAGCUGCCCAUGCUGGAGAAUGUUGCCACUGGGUACACCAACAAGCCCGGGGGGGGUGCCUCACCCACGACCUCUGAGGCUCCUCCCCCCUCCUCCUCCCCCCACCACCGCAAGGGGGAGAGAGAGAGAGACAGGAAACGAGAACGGGAGAAGGAUAGAGAGCGGGUAGAGCGGGAUCACCAAUUCACCCACACUAUCACUGCGUCUGGUCGCUCCUCUGCCCCUCCCAUGCCCUCCACUCUCUACAAGGCAUCGGCGUCGGCCCAUGGGUAUCCCAGAAGCCAUUCCGCAUGUCCCUCACCUGUAAGCAUGGGCCGCUCGAUCACACCGCUCAGCCUCAAGCGCCCACCACCUUAUGACGCCCUGAAGCUAGGCGGCAGCAUGCCUCGAUCCACCUCCGUUGCGCAUGCCGCCAAGAGCUCGGUUGGUAAGGAAGGGGGAGGCAAACUGAGUAACUCUUCUUCGGCCCACAGCUCCAUGCAGAAUGUGUCGCGUUCCCGCACCUCUACAAGCCCUCUGGAUGAACUCACCAACCUGUUUACCGGUGGACGGAAUAUGCUAAAGAAGGGAUCGGGAGGGAGGAAGGUCAAGGAGUCCGCUGAAUGUGAGGCCAAGACCAGGAGCCACAGUACAGAACCUCUAUCCAGGCACGAGAGCAAAGCUCACCACGGAGGCAGCCAGGAGUCUCCCAAAUCCCAGGAGUGGGAUGGGCCCUCCGGACAUUCAUCCAACCCCACUGCCAUGCCCAGCCGCCUGGGACGCUCUUCUGUCAGCCCCACCAUGAUGCUUGGGAGUGGGGUCACAGAAUCCAAAGCGGUGUGCAAACUGGGCCGGUCAGCCUCUACAUCGGGGGUUCCUUCCCCGUGCGGUACUCCCCAGCACCAGCCCUUCGAGCCCCAGCCAGGCUAUAGUCAGAUGAUCCCUCCCAUGCUGUGGGCUUGCGGAGACAACACCAUGAUGGAGAUGAUUGAGAAGAAGCGCAGCCUGUGUCGGGAGAUCAAGGCCCGCCGAGGGCCAGCAGACAACAACCUGUGUAAGCAGGACAGCAUGCCCAUCUUGCACAGCUGGAGGAAGAGCAGCAAUGGGACCAAGAAGUAUGGCGGCCCUCCCCCUUACUCCACACAGACCACCGUCUUCUGGGACACGGCUAUCUGA